AUGCAAAACGGAGUUGAGAAUAAAUAUUCAAAAACCGAACUCCAACCUACUAAAAUCUCAACUCCAACUCCAACUCCGCCAAAGUCAACUCUGACUCCAACUCCAACUCCAACAAAAAAAUCCUCAACUCCGGAGUUAACUCCAACUCCGGAGUUGGAGUUGCCCAGCCCUGUCGAUCUUAUUGAUGUUCAAUCAUCACCUGAAGAAGCUCGUAGUCCUCAUCUAGUUGAUGGAACAAUUGCAAGUGCACCAACUGACUUUGAACAAUUAGUUAUUAUUAUGGGAACCAUCAAUGAUGAAGUGGUCAUUGAACAAAUCCUCACUAAUGAAAGUAAACGAUUUAUUCUUGAUUUUGAAACAGCUCAGCGUAAUUCAGUUGAACGACAGUUUGUAGGAGCCGAAGUUACUGGAUGCUGGUUCUAUUUUUGUCAAUGUUUGUAUAAACAUGUUGGGCAACUUGGUUUAAUUCCCAGUUAUAAAGAUGAUGCAGCAAUUAGAACGUGGCUUAGAUCAUUUAUGUCUUUACCACUUUUUGAUAAUGAUAUUUUUCCAUAUGCAAUUAAAUAUUUACAAAGACAUGCUCUAACUAGUUCAGAUCAAUGUCGUGAAUUUCACUACUUCGAAUAUCAAUGGCUUGUAUCUGUUCCAAUACAAUAUUGGCAUGUGGGAAAUUUGAAUCCCAGAAGCAACAACUGGAUAGAAGGAUAUAAUAAUGGUAUUAGAACACGUUUUGGUAAUCAUUCUAAUAUAUGGCUCUUUCUGUAUCAUUUAUUAAUCGAAGAACAAAUAAUUAAACAACGCGUACAGCAACUCGUUGUUGGUAAAAUUCAAAAGAGUGGCAGUACACGUGCACCAGAAAAUGAUACAGUAAGUCAUUCAAUAACAAAACUGAAUAAAAAAUACAUUAAUGGAAAUUUAGAUAUCGAAAAAUAUUUGAAAGCGCGUACAUAUUUAGUUGGUAACGCUGAUGCUGGUAGCGCUAAUGCCAAUAAAAUAACAUCAACAGCAGCUACAAUAUGCCCAACGACAACGCCGCCAAAGGAGAAACCUGCAGCUAAAACAUCAACAACAAAGACUCUCUCUUUAAACUGA